CCCCCGCCUCCAGCCCCCACUCCUCGUGUGCCCCAGUACGCAGGCGCAUCUCCUCAAAUCCUGUUCCUACACCCCUCACCCACCUUUUUCUCUACAUUUCGUUUCCCCUCCUUUUCCAGCCCCUCAGCAGGUUCAAACUCUCCUCCGAGAGGGUGGCGGUGAGCGAGAGAUCACGUGAUGAGCAUCCUGCUGCCCAACAUGGCGGAGUUCGACACCAUCUCGGAAUUGGAGGAGGAGGAGGAGGAAGAAGCAGCAGCAACGUCGUCGUCGUCGCCGUCGUCGUCUUCGACUGUAUCGGGGCCUGACGAUGACGAGGAAGAUGAGGAGAAGGAGGAGGAAGAAGAGGAGGUAGAAGAAAGAGAGGAGGAGGAGACGCCGCCCCCGCCUCGGGUAGUGAGCGAAGAGCAUCUACGGAAAUAUGCCCCCGACCCUGUAUUGGUGCGGGGCGCCGGCCACAUCACUGUGUUUGGCUUGAGCAACAAGUUUGAUACUGAAUUUCCCUCAGUUCUAACAGGGAAGGUGGCCCCGGAAGAAUUUAAGACCAGCAUUGGCCAUGUGAAUGCAUGUUUGAAAAACGCUCUCCCAGUCAAUGUGAAAUGGCUGCUGUGUGGUUGUCUCUGCUGCUGUUGCACACUAGGUUGCAGCCUGUGGCCUGUUAUUUGUCUCAACAAAAGAACCAGAAGAUCAAUUCAAAAGUUAUUAGAAUGGGAAAAUAACAGAUUAUAUCACAAGCUUGCUUUGCACUGGAAGCUGACUAAAAGGAAAUGUGAAACUAGCAAUAUGAUGGAGUAUGUAAUACUAAUAGAAUUCUUACCAAAAUAUCCCAUUUUCCGACCUGACUGAGGAAUUUUAUUCAGUCACUUCUGUGUUACCUGUCAUUUCCUACCCUUAGUGCCUUGUAGAUGAUUUUGGAAUGAAGAUGGUCUCCUUUGCUGUGUUCAGUUUAUUCUUUAUAAUGGUAGAAUAUUCUCCUCACUCCUUUAUUUGUGUUGGUUUAAGAAGAAACUUUGCACAUUUUUUGUUGUUGUUAAAUAAGCUUGUGGUUUGCACUCUCAGUUUUUAAGUAAACACACAAACAUACACAGAUAUAGUUGCCACUAAAAAAUAAAACCUCACUGCUGGUGUUUAAAAAACAAAAACUUGUUCUGAGCAUGCUGCCUUAUAAUUUUCAUACUCACUGUUUCUAAAUAUGCAUAAUUUUUCUAGGCUACUUAAUGCUCUGUAAUCUCUUAUUGGACAUACGUAUAUAAGCUUUUGAUAGCUUUUAGAAAUGGUUUUACUCUUACCGGCUUUUAAAGGACAUGUAAUUAAUAGCACUGGUUUUGUCCUGCACUUUGAUAAAUUAUCACUUACAUUAGUGGAUAAAAUAUUUAAACUCCUAAAGACUUGUAAAUAUUGUCUCUGCAUAAUGUAAAAUGUGCUAUGUCAUGGUUUACAGAAUGUAAUACUAUUCUUACUGUAUUGCCAACAAUUCUGCAUAGAUUUUAAUAUGAAUGAAGUUUGCAAGCAUCCUUUUGAAUGUAGACUUGUUAACGUGCUGUUUUAUGGCAAAGCCAUAAUAAGUAUGUUAAAAAUUUCAGGUAUAGGGCAGGGUUGCCUUUUGUAACGAUUGGAUUAAAAUUGAAAUCAUUGUCUGAGAUACUCUGCAUUGCACCUGAAACCAAGAACUUCCAUUUUUUCCAUUUAAUUCAGUAAUUCCCAUUUUUGUCGUCUACUCCCCACCCCAGAAGAAUUCAUUUGACAUCUGUCACAUUUCACAGCCUCACUGUACUCAUUUAUUUCCCUUUAAAUAUCCUUUCUCUCACUUGAAAAUAUACACAGUUAUGACCUCUGAGGAGUGUUUAGGAUUUCAAAUGUCUUGGAAGGGUCUACAUCCCCAUAAAAGCCACAGCUAACCCCUUUCUGGAGUUCCUCUAGUCCACUUUGGAAAAGAGAGCUGUGCCUGAAGAUUAGUAGUGGCUGAAUCAUAAUUGAUAUUCUUAAUCCUCUUUUUGAAACAUUUGAGUAUUAUUAAUGAGGAAACAAAUAUUUUGAGGAAACAAAUAUUUAGACAAGUAUUUUAGUUUAUAAAUUCACCACGCAUGUAGGCUUUUCAUUGAUAUACACACAUUUCUUUAUUUCUCUUCACAGUUAAGAUGAGUGAGAGCACCACACUGAUUCUUCUAGAGUUUGAAUUUUUAGCAUAAUGAAGGGUUCAUAUUGUCUUAAUUCAACUGUAAAUGUAUGCCUGUAUAUAGGCACUGCACUAUUCGUAAUUCCUAGUACUAAAAAUAAAACUGUCUGGGACGGAAUAGUAUCUUAUUUAUCAUCUUACUCUUACUGCUUUCAGUAAACUUUUUAGGCAAACAUUCAUCCCAGUGAAGAGAACAAUCAUUUCUUCAUACAAGGUCAAGCCUUUUAAGGCCACUUUUAAAAUUAAUGCCUGAUUUGAAAGCUACAGUUUUAGACCAGUAAAAGAAGAGGGGGGAAAAGAGACACUUAUUUGUUACGUGACUGUAAUUGUUUGCACACUUUUCCACCUCCCUCUGUAGAACCCCAUUACCCCCAUGUCACCCAGACACCCAGAAUCUCUUUUAAUAUACUGUGUGCCUGCAAAUAUCAUGUGUCUGUCUGCUGCAAAACUAAAGGUGUAUUUUUAUACACAAGAUGGAAACCUCUGAAAAUGCAUACCAAAUGUCUGGUUUUAUAGCUGAAGUCAGGUAAGAAUUGUAUCUGUGGUUUAUGUUCCCGCUACUAUCAUCAGCUUCUUCCAACUGUGACAGUUCAAUACCAAAAUUGAUACCUAGUCUAACACAAAAUUUGUAAUUAUCAUGGAUCAAAUAAUUACUUUUAAGUGUCAAUCCUUAGUAUCUAAUUUUUUUGGUAAACUUAAAAAUUGGCCAUGUGAUGGUCAUAGUAUAAUUUUUGAGUAUCUUUGCCAUGUGUAAAUCACACAUGGUUUUGCUCAGAGUGGCAGGAAAUGGUGAAUUGUUUCCAUGAAAUAAAUUUUGAGACAGGAAUAGAGUGUAUCUGGAGGAGACAGAGUAUAAUUCAAGUUAAAGUAGUAUUUGUCAUAAGAGAACAUUUGCCAGCAUAUGUAAACUUUAUUUUAAAACCUACUCUAAUCAGUUUUAAAUUUACUAUCUUAUUGUUCAUUAUGCAUAUUGGCUCAUCUUAUUUACUUGAGCUACUCAUAAAAUACCCAAUUUUCAUUUUUUCUUAUAUGACUCUUUUUUCAAACAAUUUUCCUUUGGAGAGAGCUGAUUAGCAGUUGGGUAUUUUAGAGUGCUUUGGGGGUUUGUUUUCUUUUCCAUGGAAUUGGCAGCAGUGAAUGCUGAAAUGACAGCACAAGAUGGUCAUUAAUUCCUUACCCAUUGACCUUUUUUUUUAAUCCUCGAGGUAGAACAUACUUGGAUAUUCCCACUAAGUUAGUAAAAUAUUGUAAGUUGUUUUUAGAAUGGAUAAUUUUGAAUUUCUUUGUUAUGUAACAUUCCUUUUUGAAAUCUGCUGUGGUAGUUUCCAGAGAAAAAAAUAACAUGUUUGCCUAAGUUUAUAAAUCUCACAAAGCUUUGAGGUUACAAGUUAAAAACUGUUCUCUAACUUUCCCUUAUGCAUUUUCACCCCCAUUGCCCCUAUAAACACCUAAAUUAUGUGUAAAAUGAAUAAGCUCUAACCUUUUUCAGCUAUUCUCUGUUCCCUCUUAACUCCUCUGUUAUUUUAGGAAAGUAAUCAUUGUAGGCAAAUGUUAGAAGUAGAUAAAGAAGUGCCUUGUCUUUUUUGAACAAAGAUAACAUUUUAUGUUGAAGCAGGAUGGGUGAGCUGGUAGAUCAUUAGAUUUAAAACCAUCCUUUUCAACCAAGCCCAAGAAUAUUUGCCAUAUUAUGUCUAUUUAUUAUUUAUAACCUGUUUCCUGUUUUCCCCAAUCACAUGAUAUAUUAGUGACUAAAUAUUACAGAACAGGACGAUCAGUCACAUAGAAAACUAGGAAAAUUCUAAUGCUAGUAAAUAUGUAAUUUAACAUGGUUCUGGAAGAACAAUGGUCUUUCAUUGAAGCUCUGCCAAAACCCACUUAAGUAUUUAAUGCAUACACUAUUUCCAUUAUUAUGACUUGUAAACACUAGUGUCUCAUCAUUUAAUCAAACUGUGUUAACAUUUAUCACUGUCAUUUUUUAUGAAAUUUAUUCUUGUUUUUUUCAUAAUUUGAGUGAAGUUCUGUAACAUUUGUAAGCCUUCAGACAAACAGGGUCUUCUCAAAUGUUAUGAGAGGUUUAAAAAAUCAUUAGCAUCUUAAUUUUGUUUACAAAUGAACUACCACUUAACAACGAUCUAACCUUAUUAACUUGAACAUAAAGCCCCAAACAAUAUUUCAUUAGAAUUGACUGUAUUGACCUAGAAGUAUACAGAAAUUAUUUACAUCCAUUUAACUGGAGCAGUUUCAGAUACUGGAAAAACCUUUUGCUAACUGGAUUGGAAGAUGCUCAAAUUCAUUGAAAUUAACUCCUUUUAUGCCUAUAAAAUUCUGCUUUUAAAAAAAGCCUAUUUGCAACAAUUGUCAAAUUGUUCAGGUUCCUUUAAAUCAUGAACUAUUGGGAAAUUUUCCACAGAAAAGGAAUAGGCUUUAAUAAUAAUACGUGUUCAUGUAA